UCCUGAUGACAACAGUGCUCACAUGGUCAGUUUGGAAGGUGCUGUUGCUGCUGUGCUUGAAGAACUCCGGACUGGAUCGUAUUCAGAAAGUUGUUGUUUUUUAAAAAAGUUAAUGUGAACUCGCGAAAAUGGGAAAGAAGAAAACUGGCGGCGGAGGCGCUGGAUUAGGCAGGGCUUUAAUAAAGGAGAGGCAACUGGCAGGUCGGGGCAACAGAGCAGAUUCCUGGCUCCACACCAGUGAACUGAAUGAUGGGUACGACUGGGGCCGUCUGAACCUGCAGUCAGUCACAGAGCAGAGCUCUCUGGAUGAAUUCUUAGCUACAGCUGAGCUAGCCGGAACAGAGUUUGUUGCAGAAAAGCUCAACAUCAAGUUUGUUCCUGCUGAAGCCAGAACAGGUUUACUGACACCAGAAGAGAGCAAGAGGAUUAAAAAGCUUCAUGAAGAGAACAAGCAGUUUCUCAGAAUACCUCGCAGACCACACUGGGAUGAGAAUACGACUGCAGAGGCUCUGCAGCAGGCAGAGAGAAACAACUUUCUAGAGUGGAGGCGACAGCUGGCCCAGCUAGAAGAGGAGCAGAAAUUGAUUCUUACUCCUUUUGAGCGGAAUCUGGACUUCUGGCGCCAGCUAUGGAGAGUGAUAGAGAGAAGUGAUGUUGUGGUUCAGAUUGUUGAUGCCCGAAACCCUUUGCUAUUCCGAUGCCUUGAUCUGGAAAGCUAUGUGAAGGAGGUGUCAGGGGAGAAGGAGAACAUGCUGCUGAUUAACAAGGCGGACCUGCUGACUCGAGAGCAGCGCAGCGCCUGGGCCAGAUACUUCGAGAGACAGGGAAUCAGGGCCGUAUUCUGGUCCGCCCUGGCUGAGGGGGCCCGGCUAGAUGCCGAAGAGAAGGGUGAGGAGCUUGAUGGGCUCGAGGAAGAGCCAAGUGACGGCGAGGGAGGAGAGGUGGGUGAGGAUGAAGCGGAGGAAGAGGAGGAUGGGGAGACAUUUGAGGACUGUGUGGAGGAAGGAGACUGGCAGACCUGCUCCGAAGACUCCGACUCCCCUGAGCAGGACAGUGAGACUGUGUCCUUCCACACCGAAGCUUCUCAAAGGAAAGCAAUCCAGAACUCCAGCCGUCUGCUGCGCAGAGACCAGCUGCUGGACAUCUGUAAAUCAACACACACUGGGACCAGCAUCAAGGAGGGACAGAUUACUGUGGGUUUGGUGGGGUAUCCUAAUGUUGGGAAGAGUUCAACUAUCAACACCAUUCUCCGAAAUAAGAAAGUUUCUGUUUCGGCCACUCCUGGACAUACAAAGCACUUUCAGACUCUCUUUGUGGAGCCUGGCCUGUGUCUAUGUGACUGCCCUGGGCUGGUCAUGCCUUCUUUUGUGUCCACCAAAGCUGAGAUGAUAUGUGCUGGGAUCCUGCCCAUUGACCAGAUGAGAGACCACGUGCCACCCAUCUCUUUGGUGUGUCAGCAUGUACCACGCUACGUCCUGGAGGCCACCUAUGGGAUCAACAUCACCCUCCCUCAAGAGGGGGAAGACCCAGACCGCCCACCCACGGCUGAGGAGCUGCUGGUGGCUUAUGGCUAUAUGAGGGGGUUUAUGACUGCUCAUGGACAGCCAGACCAGCCCCGGUCAGCUCGAUACAUCCUAAAGGAUUACGUCAAUGGGAAGCUUUUGUAUUGUCAUCCUCCUCCCCACAUUGAUGCCAGGGACUUUCAGCCUCAACACAACAAGUUUCAAAAGCAGGAAGCAGACAACAGUCAGAGCUCAUCAAGGACAGGAAACAGACGGCAGAAAAUCAAGCGAAUUGAAAACGUGGUGGAUAAAAACUUCUUCCAUCAGGAGAACGUGCGUGCACUAACGAAAGGUGUCCAGACGGUGAUGGGCUACAAACCUGGGAACAUCUCGGCUGUGCCGGGAUCUGCUGACAGUACAGUGGGGAAACCCUGGAAGAAACACGGCAAUAGAAACAAGAAAGAAAAGAUUCGCAGACUCAACAAACAUCUGGACGCCUGACCUUUCACUUUAUCAGCUGUAGAACUGCUGAGCUCUGGGAAUAGCAACAGGAUUGUUAUCCAGGGCUCUUAAGUCUUAAGUAAUUUGUACAAAAUGUUUAUAAACUAACAUGAAUUAUCCACCAAAUAAAAGCAAUAAUAUUCAUCUUA